AGUGUUGGAGUGUGACUUACACCCAUCAGAGUAUCUGUGUCUUGAAGGGGUCAACAGUGGACAUAUCCUGCUCUUACACAUAUCCCAGUUAUCAUGAGAUCAAACAAGCUUUCUGGUUUACUAAAUGGUCUGGUAUGGAGGCUGAAGAUCUGAGCUCAGUGCCAGGGUAUGAGGGUCAUAUAGAGUACCUUGGGGAUAAGGAGAGUGACUGUACCCUGAGAAUCACACACCUGAGAUUGAGUGACUCUGCUGGGUUCAGGUUCAGAUUCAUAACAUCUGGAGACAAGUUUUAUGGCUCACCUGUCUCCCUGACUGUCACAGAUCUUCAGGUAAAGAUGACAACUUCACUGUUUUCAAGAUGGGUGACCCUGAACUGUGGCACGUGUACUCUGACUGACAACCCCACCUACAUCUGGUACAAGAACGGAAACAAAGUAAAGGAGGACACCUCCAGACAGUACUCAGACUACAUUAGUGAUGCAGACAGUUAUUCCUGUGCUGUAAAAGGCCAUGAGGAUCUCCACUCUCCUGCAGUGUGUGUCCGUGGUCAGAAGUGUUGGAGUGUGACUUACCCCCAUCAGGGAGUCUGUGCCUUGAAGGGGUCAUCAGUGGAUAUAUCCUCCACGUAUGACAGUGGUUAUGAUACGAUCACAUCAACACUCUGGUUUAGUCCCAAACAGAGUGACAGGUGGAGGGAUGAGUUGAUCCCUGAGGACCUAACCACAGACCCAGGGUAUGCAGGUCGUGUGGAGUAUGUUGGAGAGAAGGAGAGAGGUCGCUCCACCCUGAGAAUCACAGAUCUGAGAGAGGAGGACUCUGCUGAGUACAAGUUCAUAUUCAACACACAGACAUCAAGAUGGGGACACAGCUUCCCUGGAACAACUCUGACUGUCACAGGUCUUCAGGUGCGGAUUAAGGAUCCAACCAACAUCAUAGAGGGAAAGGGGCUUUGUCUGUUCUGUGAGUCCAUAUGCUUUCUGCAGGACAACCCCUCUUACAUCUGGUACAAGAACGGACAACGUCUGUUCAGACACGAGACUAAGUACCUGAUCCUAGACCCAGUCAGCAGUGAGGAUGCAGGCAGAUACUCCUGUGCUGUUAAUGGCCAGGAGGAUCUCCCCUCUGCUGAAGAGACUCUCACUGUCAGAUAUGGCCAAAGCAACACCUCAGUGUCAGUGAGUCCCUCUGGUGAAAUAGUGGAGGGCAGUUCAGUGACUCUGACCUGCAGCAGUGAUGCAAACCCACCUGUGGACAAAUACACUUGGUACAAGAUAACAUACAAGAAAAUGUCAAUGAGACAUUCUGGACAGAGCUACACCAUCCAUAAUAUCAGCUCUGAGGACAGAGGAGAAUAUUACUGUGAGGCUGAGAAUGAAGUUGGAGCCAAAAUAUCAAAGCUUGUUCCUGUAAAUGUGUUGUAUAAACCAAGGAACACCUCAGUGUCAGUCAGUCCCUCUGGUGAAAUAGUGGAGGGCAGUUCAGUGACUCUGACCUGCAGCAGUGAUGCCAACCCACCUGUGGACAAAUACACCUGGUACAAGAAGAACGUAACCUCACCAAAAGCAUCAGGACAGAGUUACAGCAUCACUAACAUCAUCUCUGAGGACAGAGGAGAAUAUUACUGUGAGGCUGAGAAUAAAUAUGGACGUCUCAACUCCACUUCUGUGCAUGUAGAUGUUCAUUAUGGCCCAAGGAACACCUCAGUGUCAGUCAGUCCCUCUGGUGAAAUAGUGGAGGGCAGUUCAGUGACUCUGACCUGCAGCAGUGACGCCAACCCUCCUGUGGACAAAUACACCUGGUACAAGAAGAACGUGAUCUCACCAAAAGCAUCAGGACAGAGAUACACCAUCCAUAAUAUCAGCUCUGAGGACAGAGAGGGAUACUACUGUGAGGCUCUGAACAUUAUAGGGAGAGAGACUGUCCCUGUCCAUAUUAAUGUUACAUAUCCUGCAGCUGUGUUUUACUGGGUUCCUGUGGUGGGGGUGGGGGCUGUCCUGACUGCUGGAGCUCUUCUUGUCACCAUCUUCUGCUAUAUGAAGAGGAGAUCCACAGGAGGAAGUGAUGCCACAGCAGACACACUGAGUGUCCAUCCUGAUCCUAACAGUGAGACGUACACAGCUCUGAACAUGAAGACCAGGUCACCAGAGUACGACACCCUGGCGAAUGUGAGGGACUUCGCAGUGACACAGCCCCUCAAAUAGGCACUUAGCCCACCGAUUAUGACAACUGAAGAGAACCACCACAGAACCUGGACUGAAGAGAACCACCACAGAACCUGGACUGAAGAGAACCACCACAGAACCUGGACUGAAGAGAACCACCACAGAACCUGGACUGAAGAGCUACAGCAUCAAACCAAAGCUCGGCCUCAUAAUGCUAUUCUCUUACUAUCAUUUUGCUUUCUAAUCUAUUAGGUUUUCCAGACAAUGACCUUUAACUUUUGAGUGAAUGCUGGAAUUUAGAUUGUUCUCCUGAUGAUCAAUACAAUAUGUGUAUAGAUGAUCAAUACAGUAUGUAUAUAGAUGAUAAAUGGAAUAGAUUAUGCUUCUGCUCUUUUUCUAUAAGAUUUUGCCAUUUCCAGAUUUUAUUACAUUUCACGUCGAAAUAUGUUGAACUAUUCAUUAGCUCUGCUCCUUCAGGGUAGCAGUAAACUAUACCACUCCCCCAGCAGGUGAGCAGACCUGGUCAUCCUAAAUAGACUGCCAAAUAAGGUAGGCGUAUAUCACGCCUUGACCUUAGUUAUCUUUGUUUUCUUUAUUAUUUUGGUUAGGUCAGGGUGUGACAAGGGUGGUUUAGUUUUUGUAUGUCUUGGGGUUUUUCUAGUCUCGGAGUUUAUAUGUCUAUCGUUGCCUAGAUUGGUUCUCAAUCAGAGGCAGCUGUUUAUUGUUGAUUGGGGACCAUAUUUAGGUAGCCAUAAUCCUUGGGUAUUUUGUGAGUUGUAAUUCUAUGUUUAGUUGCCUGUUCUGCACUAGCCAUAUAGCUUUACGGUUUGUUUUGUUCAGUGUUCUUUUCUUUCAUUAAAGAGUUAUGUACGCUUACAA